AUGAAAUGGUGGCCAUUUUCUAGCAGUGGUGGUGACGCCCAACCAAAGUCCUCAGAUGGCGGAAUAAUCGCCCCGACGAGGACCGAUCGGCAAGCGUGUUAUAACUCCCGAGACAUCUUCUUCAAAUGUCUAGAUCGCAAUGAUAUACUUGACAGCGAAGACAAUCCGGCUCAAACAGUAAAAGCUUGCGCAGAGGAACACAAAAUCUUCGAGAAGGACUGCGCGUCGGCGUGGGUAAAAUACUUCAAGCAGAAACGAGUAGUGGACUGGAAGAAAGAGGAGGCUCUACGCAAGUACCAAAUGGAAUCUUCCCGAAUGCCACCAGACAUACAGCAGACAUCAUCAUAA